AUGUCUGAUAGCGAGUCAUUUUCCGAGCGCGAGCCCAACGCGUUCGACGAGGAGUCAUCGGACGGUCUCUUUGACUCCGACGGUGAAGCGGCAGGGCCCGAUGCCAAGGGCGGGAGUGAUACCGACGUCGAGAUACUCGGCGAAGGGCCCAGCUCAUUCCAACACACGGAGUCGGAAAGGGCUAAUGACCGCUCCCGUCCCUUGUCCAUCGUCUACAGUGACGGCCGCCACGUGGGCCUCGGUAUGCCCGGGAGGCGAGCGGUAGCCGUCAAUCGGACGCCUCCACUUCCGGUCGUGGAGAGUCGGUAG